ACCACGCUUUCUUCCAUUUCCGAUAAACGCCAACUGCUGAGCUCCUUCACCUUCUUCUUCAUCAUCUCUCUGGUUUAUGGAAGCUACAGUUUGUUAAUCUUGCUUUUUAAGACGAAGUCCAUCUGUGGUCAUGUGGCUCUCUUUCUGGCGAACGAUUGAUCGAUUCUCCUUGCUGCAUUUCAAAUAUGUAACUAAUGAACUGCGAAGGAUCAAAGUAGUGCAUGAGUUUAACAAGGAUGUAGUCAUCGAGUUGCUGCAAUCCAUUGUGGAGAUAGUGACCUAUGGUGAUAGACAUGAUCCAGCAAUUUUCGAAUGUUUUAUGGAAUAUCAGGUGCUUGGAGAGUUUGUUAGGAUUCUUAAGAACAGUAGAAAUGCAAGUUUAGAGGCACCACUUCUUCAAUAUCUGAGCAUAAUGAUUCAAAAUAUGGACACGGAUAAUGCAGUUUUCUACUGUUUAAGCAAUGGCUACAUCAAUACUAUAAUUACUCAUCAGUUUGAAUUUGAAAGGGGAGAUCUGGCUUCUUACUACGUGUCAUUCCUAAGAGCAGUCAGCAGCAAACUAAACACAGAUACUCUUUGUCUUCUCGUGAAGGUGCAUGAGGAUGCUAUAGUUUCAUUCCCAUUGUACACUGAGGCGAUUAAGUUUGCUUACCAUAAGGAGAACAUGAUUCAAACAGCAAUACGGGCAAUAACUCUCAACAUAUAUAAUGUUGGUGAUGACAUGCUUUAUCAGUUUGUGACUGCUCAUCCAGUUGCAAAUUAUUUCUCUGAUCUAGUCCUGACCAUACACAAGCGAUGUUUGCAUUUGGAUGGUAUUCCUGAUACAGGGGAUACUUGCACCAAUGAUCACACUGGGAAACUUCAAUUGGAAUGUGAUACAAUUAUGGAUGAUCUUUACUACUUAAAAGAUAUACUCUCUGUUGGCGAACCUCGGUUGAGCAAGAUGGUUACACAAAAUCUUAUCAGCUUCUUGGUCUUGCCAAUUAUGCUUCAUACACUUUAUUCCGACCAGAGUAAUGGAUUAACUCUAUCUCCAAUUACUUCUCUAUACGUACUGACCUGCCUGGUCCAGGUUGUUGAAGGGAAAGACAUGGUUAAUUUUGUAGCUAGUUCUGUUAUACAUGCAUCUCUUUCUUCAGUCAUGCUAGAACUUCUGGAAGAAGUUACAGAUGUGGGCAUUUGUCCUACUAGUUCCACAUGUGAAAAGGACUAUCAUCAGCCUGAGAUUUUGGAUGACUUCAGAAAAAGCUAUCUAUUUGGUUGGAUGAAAGAGUACAUACCCAGCAAUUCACGUUUCUUAAAAUCCAAUGAUUUUGAUGCGCAAAAAGAAAGGAGUGGAUUACUUGGAUACAUUUUUUCGGAUGAUCAUGGUCUGUUGCUGACAGCACUCAUGCUAUUGCUCGUCCUGGCUGAAUCUAAAGAUACUGAGUUCAAAUUGGCUACAAUGAUAGGAGUCUCUCGAGCAACUACUGGGAUGCAACAGACAAAUCACCUAUCACCAUCAACGAUGAUGGAUCAAAGUAUCUUUUUGAAACACAUGCCUGAGAUUUUAAAUGCAUUAUUGAAUAUUUUGGCAAGUCAACCACCACCCUCAGUGCUAAUACAAUGGCAUACAGGAUGGUUUCUAAGGAAGAUGCUGUUUUUUCACAAAAACCAGCUCAGUGAUGUUUCAAGUCACCUCUUCAAUGUAUCAUUUGAGCGGUCUUGCAAAUCUCUACAAGAAGAACUUAACGGUAGCUGGUUUGAUCACAUCCCAGACAUUUUUAAAACUGAAUGGACAAGCUGCAAGAAUGCUCUUGAGGAACCAACUCAGUCUAAGGAUCCUUUUUUGCUCAUGGAGCUUGGUGGCCAGAAACACUCUUCCAGUGGCAAUGGAGGUGACAUAACUCCGGCAUUACCUUGGCAACGGAUGAUUAAUGCUGUUAAGGUUUUGGUUCUUCAUCUUCAGUUGAAGCCAUUUAUUUUUGGUGGGGAUCCAUUUGAAAACCCAUUGGUAAACUUUAAGACAAAUUCUUUGGCUGUUUCUGGAAGAAAAUAUGUUUCAGAUCUUUCAUCUGCAAGCUUUGGGUCAGAGAUAGCUUUAGGCUCUGGAAUCCCUUGUAAAAUCUCAUUUUCAAAAGUUGGUUCGCGUGAUAUAUUUGUUUUACCAGUAGCGAGGGGAAUGUCAGGCAAAUUGUUCCUCGUAGAGAAACAUCCAUUACAUUCCAAAAGAGGAGUUGUAAUUGCUAUUGCACCUUUGGCUGGUCUUAAUCCAAAAGCAGAUGAGAAACAUAGAACAUGGUUGCAUUUGCAAAUUAGGGAGUUUGAACCAGUAAUACCAUUGGGUAAAAAUAAAAGAGAUACCCAAGCAUCAUCAUCAUCCAUAGAUGAGCAAGAUGGGCGAUGGACUCUAGGGUUUUCGGAUGCAAAUGCUUGCGAAGCUGCUCGAUUGAGCAUAUGCGAGGAAAUAAGCAGGCAGAGGUCAUGUGUAGAGACCUUGCUUGCUCCUUUUCUUCUUCAACAAUGUUCACCUGAUCAUACUAAGUGACCAGGUUAGUUGAUCUUGUUUCUUUCCUUCUUUUGGUAUACAUAUUAAUAUAUAUAAUCUUCUUCUAUUCCACAUGAUAGAGGUCAAGACUAAUGAUAAAGAGAUUCAUUAAUAGUUGUGACAAUAUUAAUGUGUUGUAUGUAACAAUGGAGACAGAGACAUCAUCUAUCAAAAACUUGAAUCAAAUUUCCAAAUCUAAUAAUUUUUCAUAUUCUCUUA